AUGAAAGUCCAGGCACUUCUUCUUGUGUGGGCAUUUACGAUCCUGUGCUUGGUUUCAUACACUGCAGGAUUUUCCCAUGGUGCCAGUCUUUCAGCAUGUACAGACAUGAGGCCCAAACAUAUCAGAGCUCACCUUCAGAAUCCAAAAAAUAACUAUAUUACCAUCCAUACCAAUAUGUCUUUUUUUCCAGGUGAUAAAGUACCAGUCACAGUUAGGAGCACGCGUGAUUUUAUGGGCUUUAUGCUUCAGGCUCGCAGAGUACUGAAUGAUCAAAUUGCUGGCACUUUUGUGUACAUUCCUCCUGGCUCCAAGUUGCUGACUUGUUUUGAAGAUGGCGACACUGUCACUCAUUCGGACAAGUCACUGAAAAGAAAUUUAUCGUUUGUGUGGAAAGCACCGAAUCAGCCUAUUGGAGAUAUCAGAUUCUUUUUAUCAGUCGUCCAGUCGUACUUUGUUUACUGGGCACGGAUUGAAUCUUCCACUGUAUCACAACAAACACAAAACAAAACUACUACUGGAAAUAGGACAACCUCUACUGCUAUAAAGUCUGUGUCUCCUCAAGAGCCUAGUGAUCUAAAAGCACCAUUUACUGCAGUCAAAGAAAGUGUUAUACUUGACACUCAGUUGUCAACAUUUAUACCUAGCAGCCCCAUUUGGAUUGCAGCAACAUUGAUUUUGGAUUCAGCUUACAACAGACGACAAGUCUCUGAGCCCUCUGACAAUGAAAAGUUUCUAUCCGAGUUCCUUGCAGACCCAGCCACUUCAGAAGCUAUCAGUCACAGUGGAGAAAGACAGACUAAUGGAAGUGGCACAGAUGGUGAUCUCAUGCUGGAGUCAUCACUUCAGUUCCAGGAUCUUAGCUUCAUUGCACAAGAUUAUUCCUCCAGCCACAGCUCAUAUAAUGGGACAGAAAAUAUUUCAGCUGUUUCCACGUCACUACUGUGCUUGACAUGUAAGGAAGGCAUGGAGAAGGUGCCUCCUGGAAGAUCUGAGGAAAGUAUAAGCAAGUCUACUCCACCCAUUACAGCUUCAGUGUUGAUCCAGCUUUGGGAUUCUGCAUUGCUGUCAGACAUGGAGAAAACACCAAAGGAUUUAUCUAGUGAAGAGGAUGCAGAUGUCUACCAAACCUUGUCAGCUGCUUUGAUGCAGGUGGCAGAGAAGCAGCCAACGACUCCAAAAGCAUCAGCAAAAUUCCUACCUCAGGCAGAAGUUACAACAUCUGGGCAGGAGAAAAGGGGCAAAAAGGGUAUUUCUGGGAACAGGCUCCUGAAGGUAACAAAAAUUCCUGAAGCCGCUGUUUCAGGAGAAGGAAGAGGAGGAGGAGGACCAAACAAAAAGUCACAGCUUGUUGCAGCUCAACUUGGUGUUCUCCUUGGAUGUUCAGCUGUCUUUGGUAUGGUAGUGGCUAUCACUUUACGCUGCCUCCAUUCCCAGUAUUGUCACAAGCGAACUGAAGUCUCAUUUAGUGAACCAGACAGCAAUGUCAUUGCACUCCAAGAGAGUGGGGAGAUGAUGCAUUUCAGAAAGAUACGAGAAAACAGCUUUGUCUUGGUACAGGCUGAGUACAACUGGAUCAGCCCGUCAGGCAGUGGGAAAAAAGCUGUUAUUUAGUUUCUAAAGUAUUUGUCAGCUUUCCCCUCCCCGCCUCUUAUAGGUCAGAUUGCUUCAUCUGUGAUAGAAAUUAAUAAGAACACAGGAGACAGAAUAGUUGCAUAUAACCAUCUGAACAAAUAUACUCAAUGUAUACAUGUUUUGGGUGCAGUACAGAUACAUCUUAACUACUCUACAGAUGUUUUGAAAUGUAGAUGUUCUUAGUUUCAGAUAUCAUGAAAAUAUGAAUAGACAUUUUGUUCAAUGUGUUACACUUAGUGCAAUUAAUAUUGCAUACCUGCUCAUUAAAUGGGGUUGUUGUAGCCAUUACACUU